CGGAUCACCAACUUAAUGAGUUGGAGAGGACGUUUGAACGACAAAAAUACCUCAGCGUGCAGGACCGUAUGCAGCUGGCCGAAAAACUGCGUCUAUCGGAUAUGCAGGUGAAAACCUGGUACCAGAAUCGUAGGUGAGUCACAUGUGGGUACUUAUUGCGCAUAACAAGCCUGUCGUACCUAGUAUGCCAUGGUACGCAAUAACAUGCGCGUGAACUUGUCCAUAGUGGGACGGACUUGCGCUGCAUCUACUUCAUUCUCUCUAUCAGAUGGCACUCGGAGGUGGGCGCGGACACGGUUAUUGACAAAAUUGAACGACCGGCCACACGCAAUGUCAUCCCUACUCCAGACUACACUUGGGAGGGGGGGGUGACUCGAAGCUCAGUUUGGGGAGAAUACCAUAUUACUAAGGCGCCAUUAAAGAGUGACAUUCAAUCCCGGAUAGGGCAAGGAUUAAGUAUAUGCGCGGGGUAAGAAAAUGCUGACGACUGUCUAACAAGUUCUGCUUUACUGGCAGACGCAUACGUUCCACCUAGCAUUACUUCGAGUAUUUUUGACUACCUGACUGCUCCCCCCGCCAACCUAUUUUUAAAUAAUACAGUAGAUAUGCUCACUCAUGACAUGUCAACCAAAAUUUCGAAAUGCGUUUUCGUUUCGAAAAGAUAAAUUAAGUAGUGUUGUAAAACUAAUCAUGAUGCAGCAUAAAUCUAUAAUGAUCCAGUUACCUCAGGGUGUCGGCUUUCGAAAGAACUUAUUUUCGGCUGCAUGCAAGAACUUUACUCUGCCAAAAAUGACUACUUAAGUAGCAUGCAAUUUUCUCAUUGAUUUUCGAUGCCCUUGAAAACGCAAUCAUAUUUCAUGGAAAACAUGCAUAAAAGUAUUCAUUCCUUUACUUAUUCGGUAGAAAAUCACGUCUUCUUCCAAUUUCAUACUCAAAAGAAUAGUGUAAUUCGGUUUUAAAAAUUUUCUAAUCCCCGAAUAAUUUUGAACCCGACCUGCUGUUACACUUGCAUUCAGGGUUUCAAAACUACAAGCUGUAUAUUUUCCGCGUACGGAAAACCAUACAUUUCUCUACGGUGUUAAGAGGAGACCAUACGAGGUUCAUAAAAUUAAGCAGUGGAUUUGAGCAACAUUGUUAACUUUACAAGCCACAUUCGUAAAUGCAGAUACAUGACGUUUCAUGAACGGCCAUUUAACGGUAUUAAUAAAUCUCACAAUUAGAAACUUUUUGGAAACCGAAUUAUACUCUUCUUUUGAGUAUGAAAUUGGAAGAAGACGUGAUUUUCUACAGAAUAAAUAAAAGAAUGAAUACUUUUAUGCAUGGUUCCAUGAAAUAUAAUUGAAUUUUCAAGGGCAUCAAAACUCAAUGAGAAAAUUGCAUGCUACUUAGGUAGUCAUUUUUUGCAAAAUAUAGAUCUCGCAUGCAGCCGAAAAUAAGUUCUUUCGAAAGCCGAUACCCUGCCGUAACUGGAUCAUUAUAGAUUUAUGCUACAUCUUGAUUAGUUUUCCAACACCACUUAAUUUAUCUUUUCGAAACGAGAACGCAUUUCGAAAUUUUGGUUGACAUUUCAUGAGUUAGCACAUCUACUGUAAACUUUCCUCCUAGUUAACAAUUACGUGUGGGGGUGCAAAAAAAUGAAUCAGUGGAGAUUUUUCGGCAGCACCGAAUCCUUGGAACGGCAAAGGUCAGCAGAUGUCAUCUUGCCCGAUGCCCGUAAAGAUUUAAUUACAUUUUAUAGAAAACAUGCAUAAAAAUAUUCAUUCUUUUGUUGAUUCAGUAGCGAAUUACGGCUUCUCUCAAUUUUAUGCUCAAAGGAAGGAGAUACUUUGGUUUUUAACCAGUUUCUAAUUGUGAGACUUUUUAAGACCGUGAAAUGGCUGUUCACAAAACGUCAUGUCUUUGCAUUUACCACUGUGACUUGUUAAGGUAAUAAUAUGGUUCAAAUCCACUGUUAACUUUUAUGAACCCCGUACGGUCUCCUAUCAAUACUGUAGAGAAAUAUAUGGUUUUCCGUACGCGGAAAUUAUACGGCUUGUAGUUUGGGAACCCUGAAUGCAAGUGCAACGGCAGGUCGGGGUUCAAAAUUAUUCGGGAAUCGGAAACGUUUUGUAAAACCAAAUCAUCCACCUCACCCAGAUGACACUCGGAAGCGGGCGCGGAGACAGUUAUUGACACAAUUGAACAAUCGGCAUACAUGUGCCACACUUCAGGCUACAUUUGGGAGGGGUAGGCGGAUGGAAGGUCAUUUUGGGGAGAAUACCACGAAAACCAUAUGAAUAGGGCGCCAUUAAAGAGUGACAUUCAAUCCCGGCUAGGACCGAGGUAUCCCGUGAGUGGAUAACCUUCAGAACCAAGAUCGAGGGCGCAUCGCAUUUAUUGUAGCGAGGGGAGAGUCGGGUUCACUCUGUCUCUCUUGCAUGUCUUUUGCUCUGGCGGAUUGUCCAAGCCUGUCAACUGACAGACGUAACACGAAUUCGUCGUCUAUUGCCUGCAACACAUGCGCAUACGGCAUUUCACUCAUAGUGCCGAGGCUUGAGGGUCGCGUGACAACCGUUUCUGCACAUAUAGGCAAGUUCAUCGCUUGCAGAAACUACGGUCUGUAAAAAAACAAUAACUUGAGUGGCAUGAAUAGAACUUAUCGAUUUUCGAUGCUCUUAUAAAUUCUACCAUAUUGCAUAGAAAACAUGCAUAACAAUACUCUUUCUUGUACUCAGUUGGUAGGACGUUAGGUCUUCUUCAAAUUUUAUAAUCGAAGGAAGAGUACCACUCUGUUUUAAAAACCUUAUCAAUUGCUGAAUAAUUUUGAAUUUGACCUGUCCUCAUGUGAGCAGUCAGGGGUUCCAAACUACAAGUUGUAUUUCUUCCGCGUAAAAACUCAUGCAUUUUUCUAUGCUCUUAAAAAAGAUAUCAUAUAGAGCUCAUGAAAUCUUGCAAUGGAAGUGGAUCAUGUCAUCCACAUUGGAAGUAGCAUUAAUAAACGUGCGAAUGCGAUAAUGUAUGAUUGGUGUCCAAAAGAGGCAAAUUGCGGCUUCCUGAGAACGUAUAAAUGAGAGACUUUUCAAACCAAGUUUUUCUGCUGCUGGUUACUCAGCACUGCUAGUGCCUCAUGAUAUUUUGGGUAGCAGUUAAUGGGCUUCCCUCCACCAGGCAUAACUCAUCAUUUAUGCAAGGUCUUUCGAGUAAACACGCGAAUCUGGCCUUUUGGAAAUUGGAGAAACACGCGAAAACGCAGGUCGCUUCCCCAUAAUUAAGCUCAAUAUUAAAGCUUCUUAAAAAUAAGUAAACGGUGAAUCCAAAUGUAUGGUUUCCAAAAAAAUUCUCAUGCAAUGUCUGCGAGAUAAUUAACGAAACAGUGCUGCGCCAUAAAUAGAGUGUAAAACAUGCAAAACCAAAUAUUCUCAGGCAUCUUGUUAAGCCAUAAUUGGAAAUAUUUUUAAUGCAGCGGGUCGGAACCUCGACUGAUUAACCAAGAGGCUUAUUUAUUUUGCACCAGGACUUCGGGUCUAUUUCCGUGAGUUUUUGAAUACUUAGAGGGGUCCUCAACUAGAGAUAGGAAGAGCAAUGAAGCAAGGGACAACGAAGAGCCGACAGCUCGAACCUAAGGAUGACUUUAGAGCGUUCCGUACGAAGGCAGAGAGUUGAUAUGCCAGUUAAUUGAAUUCCGUCUUAAUACGUAUAACUGUCCGUAGCCGCAAAAUGAAGGGCGAUCAUCGUUUAAAAGACACGGGUCACACUUUUCGAACAUUUAUAGUUCUGCCAUACGAUGCGCUUUUGUGCAUGUACACGUGAUCCCAGCUGUCUUCUGGUAUGGCCUGCAUAAUAUUCAUCAUGGUCACUACAUGGGAUAUUGGAUAGUGCAUAGGAUUACUCAGUAGAGUCUGACCAGUCACUGAGUUUUCCGGCACAGCUGUGCUUUGGGAUGUCGCACCACAGGCACUGACGUCGAAAACGCACCUGUAGUUUUCGUAACUUUUUUAAAGGGCGACGCUGCUCGGCUUGAAACCAGUUCGGAAGUUAGGGUCUGUUUAACUUUCUGGUGCGGACACAUAUAGUUCAAUAUUCUCCGAUCUCAGAAGAAAACUCAGAAGGUAAACAAAAUCCGUAUAUUCUGUGUCUACUAGUUUUUACUCUUUUAAUUUUAUUCGUACAAAAACUCUUUUAGAGAUUUGAUUGAGUGUUUUACGGGUUUCUGGUAGGACAGGAGAAUAAGUCCUUCUGCACUGCAGGUGGCGCUGUCCCAAAUUCCAAGGGUAGAGUCAAGCUCAGGGUUGGAGUUAGGAUUAGGGCUAAGGUUUGAGUGGAAACCUUGAGACCAGACCAAUUUCAGGACGCCGAUUUGCACAUAUGGAGUUGCCAACCAUAACACUUUUUAAUUCUUCUCCCCGAGAAAGGACUAAAUGGAAACGGCAGGCCGCCGUGGGGAUGGAACUGCUGUCUGAAGUCAGCUCAGCCUCUCGUCUGAUGCAGCCCGUGAACCCCUGGACCGCGCCUCGAGCUGGUGUCCUUGGUGGCCAUUCGCCCUCACCCACCUUCUUUGACAGCGACUCCCGGCUAGAUCCGUUGCGCCUAUCAGAUUCCUCCCUAUCUUCGAUCAGACCGUCCGCUGAAGUCUGGAACAACUUUCACGGCGGGAUAACGGCCCCCUUCAGCGCCUUCAUGCAGUCCAAACCUAGCAGCACAAAGUACUGCGGGCCGGCCGUCUCGGAAACGCAAGAGACCGCACUUGGCGAAGGUGGUGGGGAAAGAUGUCCGGAGGUCUCAUCUAAGCAGUCCGUAUCGACGAUAGGUCCUGCGUGGAUGGCGCCUUUCCUGUCAGCGGGAUCUGACCUCCUCUCCAUCCUGUCCAGCAGUUCUGCGGAGAAUAAGCUGCCGCUGGACCUCCUAAAAUGUUUCCCAUGGCCUUCCAACGUUAAGACAAUUCCCUCUCUAACCGGAUGUUACACACCGGUAAACUGA